UAUUCCGAUCUGUGCGGAGGCCCGUAGCGGCCAUGUGUCGUUCAUAGACAGUAAGUCAGUGUUGGCUUUUUUACAAGCUUAUAGCAGAUAAGUAAUCUGUGUAAUUGAUAAACACAUAACUGUCAUCUGCAUUAGAAUGUUGCAUUUUUCGAAUACCUUGUGGAUUGUGUGAUAUUGGAGACAAGCAAUCAACAACAAUUUCCGUUACGGCGUCAGAACCGACAAAAAAAGAGGGAGUGAGACACAUUGUGUUAAGAAAAAGAGAUCGAACUAUACUGAGACUCCUCGACGCCAAGCGUUUCUGCGUCUCCUAAUUGCUAAUUCGAGAAGAAAAAAUAUUUAAUGCAUGCAAAAAACUUUUCAAUGAAUAAUGUUGAAGAUGUGGACUUGUGAAGAACUACAUUGUAAUAAAAGAAUAGCGAACCAAAGAUAGUGAGAGAAAGAGAGAGAAAGAGAGACAUACUUAUGGGAACAUUAAUAACAGAGUGAGAGGUUUAAGUGUAUUGAGGGUUUGUGUAGGGGAGGGGUUGGAGUGAAAUUCACAAGAGGAAGAGGACAGAAGAACGGUGUGUAGGAGAGAGACCGGUGAGUGGAGACGCGCGAUAGCGCUCCUGACAAGCCGCGAUCGACCGCAGACUGUGUGAUCAACGAAAACUCAACUUUGAAUUCUCGAGACAUUGGUAGUUUCUCGUUUAUUUGGGUUUGGGCUACCAACAUUGCUAAAUUGUCGUCGAGUUCUUUGUUUGCCUCGCACAGAACCAGUUAUUGACUGUAUUGGUGUGUAGAGGCACGCGUGUCGUGUAAGUCGUGUCCUGACGUGUGCAAGAAGAGGCUAGGCGCCUGUAAUUGGGUUGGUAGUGGUUAACUCUGUGUGAAAGUGUUUGUGUCGUGUGUGAGUCUCUGUGUUGAAGCCGCUUUACGCGAUAGUGCGACAGAAAGUGGUGUGCGCGCGCGUCGCUACCUAGUAAAAAGGGUGUGUGCGGAAAAUCGGAAAGGUGCUUCCGGAUAUGAUUGUUACAAUUUUUAUUUUGGUUUAUCUAGCAAGUUUAAUAUCUUGAAUAGAGGAAAGUUGAAUGCAGUAGCAUAAGUGGAAAAAUUUCCAAAGAGAUAUAGAGGCAGGGUGGAUGUCAGGUUCCUCUUUGGUUCAGGAAGGUUCAGCUCUAUCUGUGAUUGGCUGAUGUUUUCUUGUAUGUGUACUAGAGUGCGUCGCAGCAAAACCUGAUUUUUACCUAUGUGUGAGUGAUAUUCGUGCAUUAUAUUACUAUACUUGGAUUAAUGUGCUAUUGAGGAUUACUACACUUUUGUGGAUUACUUUUAUACUGUGGAUUACCAUACACUUAUGUGGAUUACUCAACUACUGUCUGAUGCAUAUUUCUAAUGGGAGACUAAAGAUGAAACUGUGAACCAAGUGUGACGCUCAAAUGUGCAUGAUGAUUUAACCGUUGGAGUGUUUGGUGUUGGAGACAAAUGUUUUUUUGUUUGAAACAUUCUACAAGGUUUUGAUAAAGAAAAGGACUAAUAAAAUGAAAAACAAGAAAAUAAAAAAUCACAUUUCGAUAUAUAAUCUGCAAAACAACGAUAAGCAGAAUUAAAAGAAAAUAAUAGGAAAAAAUAAGAGUAGGAAACAAAAAAGAAAAACAAAAGACGGUAAAGGACACGACGGUUGUAUAUCAAGCUAGAUUAAAUAGAGUAGCCGGGAAGUAAUGUGUUCGAUGGAAGACGUGGCUCUUGCGGGAGGUGGUUGGAGUAAAAGAGCUACUAACCAAGGCACUAGUUGGUGCAAUUUGAGAUUGACGAGUAAAGAGGCUGGGCGAUCGUUGACCAGGCUGGCGGGUGCCGGGGAAACGUUUCCAAGGGCAUGGCGACCACGCCACUAGGCGGUCGCCUCCCUAACGUAAACCGUAAAGGACCGUCACCGUGUGUCGGUGGUGGCGGUAUUAAUAAUCAACGAAAACAGGAGCGUACUGGAGGUAAAGAUUAUCACCAUCAACAUCAUCAUCAUCACCAUCAUCACCAUCAUCAUCAUCAUCAUCAAUCUCGUGAAAAGACGGUUCACCGUCAACCGCCGCCGCAGCAGCAGCAGCAAAGAGGGGACCAGAAAACAAGCACAGUGGCUGCGAACGCCGGGGAACUGGAUCCGGCCGCCACGAAUGCGACCAACAACUUUGAGUACGACGACAAUGAAUGGGAUAUUGGAAUAGGAGAUCUUAUAAUCGAUCUGGAUGCAGACAUUGAGAAGACGAGAGACGAGAAAUUGAGUUCGGGGACCGGCAUGGCUUCUACGCCUGCCUCGGCAAAUACCACGAGCCACCAAAACACAAGCAGUCUCAAUUCUUCCUCCUGCGUCGACGUUGGUACUUGCCCAGUAGUGCAAGUGCCAUUGGAAAAUAGUAAUGGUGCAAGUCGAUCUUUGAUGGGAGCAAAACAACACCCAACUAGUAGCGAAAGUGGCUCCAACAACAAUAACAGUACUAACGCCGGGCUUUCCGGCAAGAUGGCUGUUGAACAUUCAGCCACUGUUGAUAAGGGCCUCAAAAUGAAAAUCAAACGUACUAAACCCGGGACCAAGACUAGCGAGGCUAAACACGAAAUUGUCAAAUCCAACGAAAUGAAUGGUAUUGUACAAGAUGGAAGUAUUUCCUCAAAUUCCAACUCCUCAUCUUCUUCGACAUCUUCAACGUCCAAUAAUGCUUCUUCCGCCCAAAAUUCAACUGAUGUUCAAUCAGUGUCCAGCAAAAUCAAGUCGAACCACCCUCCAGGAUCAACGUCGGCGACUGGUAAUAAUAGUAACUCCACGCCGGGAUCGAAACGAGGUUCUAGUGGACAUCGUAGGGAUAAAACAAGAGACAAGCACGAAAAGAGUAAUCAUGUCACGAGUAAACCUGAAAUGAAUGGUACGACUAGAUCUCCUCAGAAUCACACGUCCUCCAUCUCUUCUUGCGUUACUACCUCAGUGACAUCCACAAAUACCACUUGUUCGGUAACAUCUGCAUCUUCCUCUUUAGCUUCCUCAUGUACUCCAUCUGUUACGUCGUCAAGUAACAACGCCAUCAAUACCACGUCGUGUUCUUUAUCACCUUCGACUUUGUCGUCAGCAGUUGCUGCAGUUGCUGGAAGUGCUAAUAGUCAAACUCAAGGGCCUACUCCUGCAGCGAUUGCCCCUCAGCAGCAGCAACCCCAAGGUCCACCGCCAAGUUCGAGAACGGGAGGUUUUUCGGGUAGUAACCAGGGAGGACCUAGCACAACGUCAACCGUUGUUGGUGCACCACCCGCGAGUCCGGCUAGUGCUACGGCUGCGGCAGGAUCCGCUGCAAAACCUGAACAAACUAAAGUAGCUUCAGUACCUGGACCACAUUCGAUUUGCACCCUUGCGGAUGAAUCUAUGGAUAGCUCAGCUAGUCCACCACCUGCCAAAAAACUUAAGACAUGCUCUAAGUCUGAACUCAAGGAUGUGUCUGACGUGUGCGUAGGAACAAGUGUGGGGACUAUUACGGAACCUGAGUGCCUAGGACCUUGUGAACCUGGAACAUCCGUAACUCUUGAAGGAAUCGUUUGGCACGAAACUGAAGGAGGUGUACUAGUUGUAAAUGUAACGUGGAGAGGCAAAACAUAUGUGGGCACAUUACUAGAUUGUACAAGACAUGAUUGGGCUCCGCCACGAUUUUGUGACUCUCCAACAAGUGAUUUAGAUGCUAGAACACCCAAGGGUCGAGGUAAAAGGGGUCGAGCAGCAGCAAAUACAACUCCUGGAAAUGACCUUAGCAAUUUUACUGAGACAAGAAGUUCAGUUCAUAGUAAAUUGAGAAAUGGUGGUGGUAAAGGUCGUAGAGGUGCUCAAAGUUCCCCAGCUGCCAGUCCGAGUUCGGCGGCUUCAACAGUGGCUGUCACCACAGCCAGCACUACCACUUCCUCAUUUGUGCCCCCUAGAGCAGAUCCCGCAGCCAAAAGGAAGUCUCGAGGGCCCGAAGAAGAAGAUAAAAGCAAAAGAAGAGCUCCACCACCACCACCAGCACCAACACCGACAAGCGGAUCACCUCCUGCUAGUCCAGUUUUAUUAGAAUGCCCAGAACCUAAUUGUAGUAAAAAAUAUAAGCACAUUAAUGGACUGAAAUAUCAUCAAAGCCACGCGCAUGGCUCAGCGGAUGAUGAUGAUACCAAGGAAGGUAUCACUAGCAUGUCAGAAAAUGAUGAGAGUAAUAUUGAAACCCCAAGUCCUGUAACACCGGUUAAAUCGCCAUCGGAGAAAAUGGAAGCCGUCACGCCUAUUAGAAUCGCCAGUCCCACGUCAAUUCCCCCCGCGACACCACCAACCCCACGAGUUCCUUCUCCGAAUAGUAGUAGCGAGACGACGCCACCAAUUUCCACAAUCGCAACUACCGGUUCAGCAGCAGCUGUCUCAGCAACAGCAACAACUAUACCAGUAGCAGCAGAUAAGGCUAUCGUCUUGAAGCAGGGUGCUGUUACUACAGUUCGUUUCGGACAAGAUGAACAAAUAUCUUCACAAGCCAGUGUUGUACCCUGUCUUGGGCACCUGGUACAAACAUUGCCUGUGCAAUUAUCAAAUCCAUCAAGUCCAAAUCCUCGAACGAGUCAAUCUCCAAGGCCAGUACAAACAAGUUCUCUCUCUAGCCCAGGAAUAUCCCUCAAUAUCCCUCAACCUCAACAAACAACGACGACAACAACAACUACGGUGAUGACGACAACAACAGCAGCAGCAACAACAACAACAACAUCAUCAACAACAACAGCAGCAGCAGCAGCAGCAGUAACAACAACGACAACAACUCAGUUACAACACACUAUUCAAAGUACUAUUGUCCCAUCUCAACAAUGUCUUUCUAAUGCACUACCUCAUCAAACAACAACGACUCAGCAAUCACACCCAUCAGUUCAUCAAUCUGUUUCUCACACCGUUGUUCCACUUGCACCCAACAAUCAACUUUUCACCUCUCAAUCACCUCACACACAACAACAAAAUCAACAAACAAAUCUACUUACAACUACAAAUCCUGGCCUCCAAAAUCUCUCGUCCAAUCAGACUAAUUUGCAAACGACGGGAGCUACGCAUCUUUCAUCUUAUUCCAAUGUGGGCUUACAUGCGAAAAUACCCCAGUUUAAAGUUAAACCUACUGCCGCCUUAAUGCCUGAACAGGAUAAAAGUAAAACUUUAACCAAACCACAAGGUUACAAGAAGAAAUCUCGUAAAUCUCCCGGCCCACAUUCCUUGGACACAACAUUGCAGCAGCAGCAUCAGCCGCCGAUUGACUCUGGACGAGAGGACGUUCAGUCUCCAGCAUAUUCCGACAUCUCUGACGAUGCAGCACCCGAACCUGAGAAUAUUGACAAAAGCUUGAAAGCAGCCGUAGUACUACAAGAAAAAGACACAAAGACUUGUCCACUGCCGACUCAGUUUAAUAUGUAUCCUUAUUAUGGUCAGUCACAAUAUCUCAGUGUACAGCAACAACAACAAGAGAAAAUUGAUCAAAACAAAUCAAGUGAUCUCACAUCUAAACAACAACAACAACAACAACAACAACAACAAGAGGUGGUAAAGCCACUCAAUAUACCACAGAUGCCUUCAAUUAAUAGCUUGCAGAGUAUAGAAAAGGAAAAGUGUAAUAAGGAUAUAACACAGGCUCAGCAGUCACACUAUUAUGCAAGUUAUGGAGCGUAUAUGCCUCCGGGUUAUCCUUAUCAGCAGCCACUUGUUCAGCCAUCCCAACAGCAGCAGCAACAGCAGCAGCAACAACAACAACAACAACAACAUCAAGAAUCAGAGAUGCAUGAUCAAAAAAUUUGUAAAAUUAAACAAGAACCCCAACAAACAAAUUUGAAGGAUAAGCAACAUGAAAAUCAUCAAAUACUUAAAGAGAGUAUUGAGAUGAAGAGUCAAAUGACUCCUUACCAUGUUUAUCACGGGACACAGAGAGCACCACCUACAAGUUCUGCACAAGAUGACAGAAGAUAUUAUUUAUAUCCCGGGGAUCAGAGGAGAAAAACAGAAGACUGUCCUGGAAAACAGAAUCAAUCGAAAGCAGCCCCAAUUCCUAGUCCUAAACAUCAAACAUCAAAGCAAGAUAAACAACAACAACAACAACAACAGGAGAUGGUGAAGAAUGAGGAUAUUAAGAUUAAACAAGAAGGCGUUAAACCGACUAUGGAAACGCAGGGUCCACCACCUCCGCCCACUUCGCAGUACGCUUAUAUUCAUCCGGGUUACAUGCCACCUCAGCAUUAUGGUGCGUUGAGUUUUGAUCCAGGACAUCCAGUUUAUCGAGGACUGAGUCCAAUGCUAGUUCCCGGUCCAUACACUGGCAAUCCAUAUCUUCACCAAUUGCCAAGGUAUCAUGGCGCCGCAGAAGACUUGAGUAGACCACCAACAGGAAAGGCACUCGAUCUUUUGCAGCAUCACGCGAACCAGUAUUACUCAGCCCACAAAAUUCAUGAACUUCAAGAACGAGCCUUAAAGUCACCGACUCCUAAAGGGGUCAGUUCUUCAGCAAGUCCCUCGUCGUCGUCGGUUGUCGGUCAAAACCCAACAAGACCCCCUAGUGGUCCACCAGUUGGAACACCUCAGAGUCAACAAUCCAAACAACCACCACCACAACAGCAACAACAACAACAGCCACCUGGCCAGCAACCAUCUGGUCCAAUAGUAGAAGUGCCUGGAGUUAAUCUUGGCAAAGAUAGUAGAACAUCUUCUUCACCUCCGCCACCACCUCCUAGAUUAGUUCACCAUACGCACCUUGACAUUGGAUACUCGAUUUUGAACGGUCAAUAUCCCGCGCCCUAUGGUGGCAAGCCACUCGUCAGGCCCUGACAGUAAGGCUCCGUACCAUGCGCUUCAGCGUGACACAAGUGACAACACAAGUGAAAAGUGACAAGAUUCUGACAUUGAGAAUCGCUAAAAUGUACGCGCACUACUGGCUGACUUGCACGACACAACGUGAUAAAAGUGAUGUUGCCCUCGUCCGAAAUUUUCACUUUCUUUUUUUUUUUUUUUUUUUUUUUUUUCAUUUUAUACGGCUUUUUAAAGCAAGCAAGCAAUUUGUUUUUAGAGAUGUAUCUCUAGAUUUUUUUUCCUUUUUUUUUUGACGAAUAUCUGCACAAUCUUUUUGAUUAAUUGGGCUGAGAAAGAAAACACAUUUUUAUUUUAGCAAAUAUACCAUGUUUUUAUUUUAUUUCACAUGGUCGAGGUCCGUAAAAAAGGACAGAAGAAAAAAAGUGUCGCUAUAUCGUUUUGAAAAUGAGAUGAAAUCAGUAAUUGUACAAAAAGUAUGCAAAAUUGUCUAAUUGGUUUAAUGACAGUCUUGUAAAAUAUUAUUUACUUACAGUUUAUAGAACGGUUGUUGUUUUUCUUUAGAGAAGAGUAAAUUGAAAAAUUAUUUUUAUAAAGAUUUAGUGCUGUCAACAGCUGAUUAAUAUCGUUUCUAAGAAAUUAAAUGUUAUCUCAGCUUUUUAUAUUUUUGAUGACUUAAUUUAACCAAUAAUAGAUUUUAUUUUCACUUGAUUAUAAUUUAGCAACAAUAUGAAGCAAUUUAAAAAAAUUUUUAAAUAUUUUCAAGCUCAAAAAAAUAAUGACAAAACAUUUUAAGCAUAUUCAAGUCGUGUUGUAGGCUAGUUGAGACUGUGAUAAUUUUUUGUCGUGCUUCAGAUAUGCGAAAGCAUUUUAUUAAAAUUUCUUUUCUUUCGCGAUGGAUUUUUUUGUUUUCUUUCAAACUAGACUACAGUCUUCCAUCACACAAUGUUGCACCAAUCCUUAAUGGGGAAAAUAUAUUUGUAUAAAUCGUGAUUUUGGGAAGCAGCGAAAAGCAAAUAACUAACCUAAAAGUCAUUAGUUAAUUUGUAGUAACAAAUUGGACUGGUAUGCAUUAUACUCUAUAUGAAAUGAGUAUACUUUACUUUUAUUUUAUAUUGCGUAUUCUUUGCUUUCGUUGUUGCGAGAGCUGCGACCAGAAAAAUUCAGAGCUAUAAGGGAUCUGUAAACGAUCACUGCCAGAUUAAACGCGCAAAACUGGAAAUACUUAAAUUUUAGAAAAACGACUUGAAUAAAUUAAUUACUUUUCAUUUUAAUUUUAUAGGACGAGGGCUGCUACCAUUAUGUUCUAUACAAUGCCACGGGAUUUAAUUCACAAAAGUAGCAUGAUAUGCCAGUUGAAAGAUUUCUUAUUACGCGAAUAGUUGCAUUAUAUAAUUUUUUUAACUGUAGAUACUUGAAAAAAACAUUUCUCUGACAAACAUUUGACGACUGGUCAUGUUUCUACUUUUGAACACCGUGUAAAAGAUAUAAUAAAUAGAGUCUCAGACUCUAGCUUAGAUUGUACAUACUGUAGAAUAUAAAUGUAUUAUAUAUACAUAAAUACAUAGAAAUAAAUAAUUCUAUAUACAUAUAUUUAUAAGGGAUAGUACGCGAUGCCUCGUGUCUUUUUUAAAACGAGGAUUCAGCGUAACUUGCAUUUGAUCGAAAUGUCAAUCUAAGAUUGACUGGUGAAAAAGGGAUGAGAAAUUAGAUACAAAUGUAACAUGCUUAAGGGCAAGUUUCGCUAGACUGAAACUCACGGCGGAUAUUUUAUGGACAUUUUUUUUUGUCCUUAUGGAAUCGCACUCACACAAAAGAAUAAAUAAGGGUCAUUCUUUCCUGAAAUGCGAGAGCUGAUUCCUCUUACUAUAAUUUUCGCGCGUGAGUUAACAAAGAGUGAAAUUUUUAAUAAUUGCGCGUUUGUGUUUUUGUAUAUAUACAAAUUAUACACACACACACACAAAAAAAUAUAUAUAUACAAAACUAUAUAUAUAUAUACAUACAUACAAAAUAUAUAUACAUACAUAUAUAUAUAUAUAUUUUUUUUUGUUUGCAUGCGUGACUAAAGAAAAGCGAAAUUAAUGUAUUUUAUUGUAAAGAAAAAAAACUGCGAACUUGGAUUUUUGUAGAAAAUUACGUAACUUGCUAAACUAUCUUUUAGGUCAUUUAGUUCUUAAUGAAAAAAAAUACGAUUCUAAAUAAUAAACAAACAGGCAGAAUGAAAGAUGAGUGAAUGAAUGAUUGAAAAUGUGCAAACUAAUCUCAGACUGAGAUUGAAUGGGGUAAAGAAAAAAAAACUAAUUACGUAUAAAUAUAGUUCGGUAUCAUUAUUAUUUUACUAAUAACGACAUUGCGAGAUGAUAACGUGUAUGAGCGAAUAAUAGGUAUUGUAUAUCCUGUUUUCAAGCGUAAAUGAGAAUAGUAAAACGGAACCUUGUUGGGUUGCAUAGUGAUGCAUAUGCCAAAUCAAAAAAAAAAUAAAUAAAAAAAAGUACAUAAUUUCAAGUCGCGUUUUCUGAGUUUUCUAUACGCGUGGGUAGAAUACGUACUAAUUGAGCGGCGGAGAAAGGGAAAUAAAGGAAAAACUCAAUACCUGUUUAUUCAAUUUCUAUAUAGAAUGAUUAUUAGUUUAUCUACAAUGAAUAAGCUUUAAUAAUACUAAUACAUUAUUAUUAUUAUUAUUAUUAUUAUUAUUUUUAUUAUUAUUAUUAUUAAUUAUAUAUUAUUAUUAUUAUUAUUAUUAUUAUUAUUAUUAUUAUUAUUAUUAUUAUUACUAUUAAUUAUUAUUAUUAUUAUUAUUAUUAUUAUUAUUAUUGUUAAAUAAUUAUUAUGCAGGAUAACUUUUUAUGUUGUAUCAAUCCUAUACAAGAGAGUAAAGUAUCAGUUAUCCAAUUAUAAUGUAUAUAUUGAUUAUAAUUUUCAUCGUCGAAUGUAUUAUAGACAACAACAAAGAAGACCUUGAUUUAAAGAAAUUUCUAAUUCGAUUAACAGAAAAUUGUUUUAAUAAAUAGAUUUAACUAUUAUUAGAAUAAGGGUAAGCGUGAUGCAAUAGUAUAAAAUUUCGAUAAUCUUUCUUUCAAAAUAUGAUUUUCCUAUUCGCUGCAUCAAAUUUCAAUCAUAAUCUAAUUAAUUAUUUGCAAAACUUUUAACCUAUUUAUCAAAAUAAUUAAAAAUUCAAUAUUAAUCAGACCUUUUUAUUCAUUCUAAUCUCUAAAAUUAUACUUUUCCCUUUUAACUAAAUAAAGUAAUCAUUUAUUUAAACAUUUUUUUUUGCAUCAUGCUUUACCAGUCAAUAUUGUAACAAAAAAAAAAAAUAUUUGGAAACAAUUUCUCUACUUUUAAUUUAACAUUUCGUUUAAAAUGCAAACACACAGAUUGUUUCGAAAUUUUUCUCUUUCUCCGCUCUAAAAUUAUUGUGUGGAAUAGAUUUUAAGAGAAUGGCAAAAUUUAAAAAUUUCUAAAAUUUGCAUCUGAUUUCCAAAACACAUGAGACACCGAAAUCAUUGAAGAAUAGGCUAAUACAUGUAAUUAUCAAGUUUUUAUAGAGUCCAAAAUGAGAAUUUUCUGAACGUCGAUGCAAUCAUUUCACCACGUUGUCUGCCAUUGUUCUAAGCCAUGUGUUAACAAAAACACUUGACUAAUAUAUAUAUUUAUUAUUUUAUGAGGUCUUUUACGGAAAAUGUAUUUUAAAAAAUUUUGUUUCAUGCUAUUUAAACGCGCAACCUUGACAAAAAGUUAAUAUAAAGCAAAUAUUUCUAAAAAAAAUGGAUAUUUCAAAAUAAUUGUCAUUAGAAAAAUAAUUCCUUUAUAUUUUUAUGAAAAUUUUUCUUUUUUUUCCUCUGUGUACGGUUACAAACAAUUUCAAAUAUAAUUCUUGUAAUUAUAUUUAUGUUAACUUGAUGCCAAAGAGAAUCACAUUGAAACAUAUGAAUAGAAACAUAAAAGACCUUGUAAAAAUAUUGUAUUAAAAAGAAGAAGAAGAAGAAGAAGAAGAAGAGAAUUUUAUAGGAAAAAAGUCUCAUCAUUUUUUCUAAACAUUUUUCAACAAUUACAUAAAUAAUGUUAUUUCUAAGAAAAUCAAACGCAUAUUUCCAAUUAAUUGUUAAAAUCAAAUGCAAUCUAAUUCUUAAAUUUCGCCAAUCUCUUUUUAUUUGCUCCAAAACAAACUCAAAAGAACACCCACACAAUGCACAUGUAUUUGCGUAAAAUUCAAUUAAUUAAAUACCCAAGUUCAUGUGCAAAUAUAAAUUAAUUCAUUGUGCACUAUGCUCCGACUUGUUCAGACGAAUAAUAAAUAAAUUGAAAAAUC